AUGGGGAUCGUGAAGACAGCUUCUGAGAGUAUCCUCGAGGAGACCGUGGUACCUAGCGAGGAGGCGAAUUAUUCUGUCCAGGGACAUGCUGAAGAAUGGAAGGAAACGUUUCCUUAUCAGCUGCUGGUUGGAUCCGGAGUAGCGUUGAUGGCUCUGUUAUUGCUGGCCGCUGUGAGCUUCCAAUGUUCCUCAACUUGGCGAUGGUUAAUGAGAGUUAGGCGGAAUAUGAAGGAGGAGGACGCCGAGAGCGACUUAUCGCAGCAGAAUGCUAUACGUAUCAGUCAUUCCCUGCCGGAUCUCCAAUCAGAGCCAAUCACUCACGAGUACGUGCAGGAGCAGAAGGAUAGUAAAAAGGUGCUGCGCCAGACAACUUUGCCCAUUGUGCCGAUGAGACACCAGAGCUUCCAGAGGCAGCUCUCCAACCAUCUCGACCUGCCGAAUAUCAAGUUCAGCAUCUGUAACUUGGAGAAUCGCAGCGACUCCAAUCUUGGAUUAAUCAAGCCGGAACUUUACACGAAGGAGCUGGUGAAACAGGAGGACGCGGAGAGUAAUGGCGCCGUGGAAUGCGCAGGAAAGCUACACUUCGCUCUGCGCUAUGAAAAGGAGAUCGAAAGCCUGGUGAUCAAAAUCUUGGAGGCACGAGAUCUACCCGUGAAAGACGCGACAGGCAGCAGUGAUCCUUACGUGAAAGUCUACCUUUCACCUGACCGGAAGAAGAUGUACGAGACGAGGGUGCAUCUCAAAAAUUUGAACCCAGUGUUCAACGAGACCUUCAUAUUCAGCGUGGCUUACGAAGACUUGAGGGACCGAUGCCUCGAGUUCUCCGUUUACGACUUCGAUCGAUUCUCCCAGAAUGAUCUGAUCGGGAAAGUGAUACUGAGGGAUUUGCUGGAUUACACUGAUCUCGAACAAGAGCUCGAGUACACGAUGGACAUCCUGUGUGCCAUGCCGGAUAAAGUAGACCUGGGCAAAUUAAUGCUGUCGCUUUGCUACCUACCAACAGCUGGACGACUAACAGUGACCGUAAUUAAAGCGAGGAACUUGAAGGCCAUGGAUAUAACAGGAUCGUCGGAUCCGUACGUCAAAGUGGACCUACUGUGCCAAGGCAAAAGGAUCAAGAAGCAGAAGACCACGGUGAGGAAGAAAACAUUAUUCCCCGUGUACAACGAGAUCUUGGUGUUCGACGUGCCAGCGGAGAACAUCGAGGACGUCAGUCUCAUAGUAAAAGUGAUCGAUUACGACAGAAUCGGUUCGAACGAAUUAAUGGGCUGCACAGCAAUCGGUUCAGGCUUCGUUGGUAUCGGUCACGAGCAAUGGCUCAAGAUGCUGGACAAUCCUAGGAAACCGGUGACGCAAUGGUACCCACUGAUGGAAACGAUCGCUGGUCACAUUCCAGCCGUGAGUUCGGAGCCCCUUCCAGUGAGUCUGAGCUGCUUGAACAGCAGGUAA